GAUUCUAUCAUCUCCAUUCAGUUGUGUCUUCUUCAACUGUUCUACUUCAUUCAAUUCUUUUAUUGUCUCCGGUAGCAACCAAAAUGGAUGCUCUAAACGGAACUACGAAAAUCGUCGAGAUAGACUCACCUGUGUCUAGAUUCGGCCCGUACUUGACAGGCCCAAACUUGGCUGGUGGUCUUGCCAUUGCCUUUCUUGUGCAAUUCAUAUACCAGAUUGUCUACUACAGAUAUUUCCAUCCUCUCAAAGAUUUUGAUGGUCCCUUUUGGGGAUCAGUGACCAGACUUUGGCACACAUAUCAGAACAUUAGGGGCAUCGAACUGGAAACGUAUGACCGUUUACUCAAGGAGAAAAACACAAACAUUCUUCGGAUAUCACCAACAGAACUGUUAAUUCCAUCAGCUCUUUCCCUGCCCCAGAUUUACCAUCGUCAAGCUGUAAAGACAAAAUGGUACGUCACUGGUGCACUUGGUCCAGGAGAAUCAGUCUUCAAUAUGCAACAACAUUCGCACCAUGCUCACUUCCGUCGAUUGAUCGCUGGGCCAUACUCGAUGUCUAAGAUGGUCAAGAAUGAACCGCUCAUUGACGAUAUUAUCAUUGCUUGGAUCAGAAAAUUGAAUGACAUGUUUGCUCAACAAGACAAAGCUUUUGAUAUGUCGAGAUGGGCAACAUUUGCUGCAUUCGAUGUUAUCAGCUUGGUCGGAUUCGGAGAGGCUUUUGGAUUUGUGGAUACUGCUACUGAUGUUGAUGAUUUGAUUGAAGAACUCCACAAAGGAUUCUUUUACUUUGGUAUUGUUGGCAGAAUGUAUCCAUUUGUUGAGUUCAUCAAGAAGACUUGGCUUGGGCGUUUCCUUGUCUCUAGUGAAAAAGAUAAGGGGGGAAUGGGGUUCUUGAUAAGAUGGACCAACAGAAUCAUGAAAGCUAGACAAAAGGAACUUGCUGAGGGAGGAAAAGAUAAAGGCAGAGUCGAUUUGCUACAAUCAUUUUAUGAGGCUCGUGAUGCCCAAGGUCAACCACUCACCGAGGAUCAUAUCCGAGCCGAAUGCAUGCUAUUAUUCACAGCCGGUGCCGAUACUACCGGAACGACCAUGGGAGCAAUGAUGGCUUACCUUCUUUCCAACCCUACAGUAUACGCUAAAAUGGUGGCUGAGAUUGACGCCGCUUUCGAAAGCGGUGUAUUAUCUACCCCCGUUCCGGCCGCGUCAGAAGUUUCCAAGAACUGUCCAUAUUAUGUUGCUUGUGUCAAAGAAUCCUUACGCUUAUGUCCUUCGGCUCCUAAUAUCUUUCCUCGUCUCGUGCAAGCUGAUCAUGCUCCACUUGUAAUCGAUGGGAAAACCAUUCCAGUUGGAACUGAAGUGACCAGCACUGCGUACAUGGCGAACCGUGAUCCGGCAGUUUAUGGAAAAGAUGCGAACGAAUUCAGACCCGAAAGAUGGUUGGAAAAUAAUGGAGAAGCUGGUAAAGUAUUUGAUAAAUAUCUUGCUACUUUCGGAUAUGGCACUCGAAGUUGUUUGGGUAAGGAUCUUGCAAUGAUUGAAUUGAUGAAGACUCCUUUGAUGGUAAGUAAUCCUGACUCCUGCCCCGUUAGUUACCUGUCCGGGCCAUUCCAUUACUAACAGUGAACAGUUCUUCCGAGCAUUCAAUCCACGACUGUGCCUCCCAAGCAAAGAAACUCCAUCCCCAAAACGUAUUUUGGUGGGCGCUAUGUUUUAUUGGGACGAUAUCUGGAUGAAGCUUGAGAAAAGAGACAUUCCUGGAUUCACUUGGUGAGAUUACUAGAGGGAAGGAAUAGAAGUUACGACGAACGUGCGAGAAAAUAAUUUUUGAUUGUCAGAAGUCAAGCUAAAAUUGAAUUUGCAUAACUAUACGAUUGGUUUUUUCUGGGAUCUUUAUCAGCCCCUUGCAGUCUUAGUCGUAGGAAAAUUAACUCGAUUAUGUCAACUCUUGCAUUACAACCUUAUAAAUAGCACGUUAGCUGUGUGAACUAGCAUGACAUGAAUACCACCCACACCAAAAUAAAACGUGCCCCUUUACCCA